CGGAGCUGGGGUAGUGUACGUAACGCAGUCAGCGAAGCCCCGAAUCAGAGCUACAAAAGAGAACCUCGACCUCAUACGGCACGCUUUCUCUCUCUCGUGCUAUUAGAAAAGCGAAAUUCAGGAAGGUCCACUGCAUUCGGUCUCAAAGCAAGCUCUCUAAAGCAUCUCAAAAUGAUGUCCGAGAAGAGGAAGAAGGUGGAGGCUCUUACACGCGAGCUCGAACUUCCCAAUGAUGUCCUCCUCAAAGUUUCUGCAAAGCUUCUGGACGAGUUUAACAAGGGUCUUGGAAGAGACACACAAGAGUCUGCCGAAGUAAAGAUGUUCAUGACCUAUGUUCGAGACGUUCCUAAUGGCACAGAGACUGGUACUUUCCUGGCAUUAGACCUGGGUGGGACCAAUUUCCGGGUCCUACUGAUUGACAUUGAUGGAGACCGGUUCAGCAUGAAAAAUGAAAUCUAUGCCAUUCCUCAAGAGAUUAUGCUGGGAACGGGCGAGCAGCUUUUUGAUCACAUAGCUGACUGUUUGGCCAAAUUCAUGGACAAGUACAAGGUUAAGUCCAAGACACUGCCCCUAGGUUUCACAUUCAGCUUUCCGUGCAGACAGGAGGGUCUCACUAGUGCACGUCUUGUAACCUGGACGAAAGGCUUCAAAUGCUCUGGUGUCGAAAAUCAAGACGUGGUUCAGCUGCUGCGGGCUGCGAUUGCUAAAAGAGCGGACAUAGACAUUGACGUAAUGGCAGUCGUCAACGAUACUACUGGAACACUUAUGUCCUGUGCUCACAAGAACAAGCAAUGUAGACUUGGGCUCAUAGUUGGGACUGGAACAAACGCAUGUUACAUGGAGAAGCUAGAAAAUGUAGAGCUCUGGGAUGGAGACUAUGAUGAACCUCGUCAGGUCAUCAUCAACACGGAGUGGGGUGCGUUUGGUGAUCAUGGCACACUGGAGUUUGUGCGCACACGCUAUGACCGGGAGAUUGACCAAGCCUCUCUCAACCCCGGAAAGCAGCUGUUCGAGAAGAUGAUUUCUGGGAUGUACAUGGGCGAGCUUGUGCGGCGGGUGCUUGUGCAUCUGGCCCAGCAGAAUUUGAUAUUUGAUGGGAAACUGUCGGAAAAAAUGAAGACUAUCUACUUAUUCAAAACCAAGUACAUCUCCCAGAUCGAAAGUGAUGCCCGUGGCGAGUACGACGAGGCACGGAAUGUGAUGGUCAAGAUGGACAUGGUGGCCACUGACGAGGACUGUGAGUGCCUGAAGCUUGUGUGCUCACGUGUGUCCUCCCGAGCAGCCCACCUGGUUUCGGCUGCUGUGGCCACCAUUCUCAACAAGAUGAAACGCCCACAUACGACUGUUGGAGUUGACGGUUCGGUCUACCGGUUCCAUCCACGCUUCCACUUUCUCAUGGAGGCCAAGAUUGCAGAGCUGGUCAACCCCCAGUACAAGUUUGACUUGAUGCUUUCCGAGGAUGGCAGUGGUCGUGGGGCAGCCUUGGUGGCUGCUGUUGCUGUACGUUCGAAGAAGAAGUGAAAUUGCUGACCAGCAUCCAGUCCCUCCCAAAGCUACACAGUUUGUCUGUUGUGAGAAAUUAUUUUUGGACCCUUCAUUGAAAUUGGGAUGAAGACACAUGGUGUUUGUGGUUUUGGAAUAUGCGACUGGGCAGUAGACGGUGGUGCUGAGAAGCUCGUUUCUUCGAGCAUUUUAACCCAUUUUUAUAUCGGCAGGUUCACUCUAAAUAAAAAAAAAGGGAGGAGGGGGGGAACACAGUACCACAAAGGACACUAUGUUUUUUUUUUCUACUGUGUGUGUUGGGUCGUUACUACCAAGCAGAGCGCCCUGAGAAAGUUUGCAAUGGAGUGUUGAAAUGAGAAAACAGUUUGGAGUGUGGUUUUAGACGAGAACGAGAAGUUGUCACCUUACAUCUCUGCAGUCAGGCGGUGUACAAGCUCUCUCGGACAAAACUGCUUGCAAAGAUGUUGCACCUUGCCGCAGGGCUUCUUGCGUAGGCAAUCGUGUUUUUUCUGAUUGUGUGCAAUCUCAGGCUCUAUGAACACUGGUGCCUGUAGCAUAAUGUGUUUCAUGGAGUAAAUAGCUUUUGUGUUAGGACCAAUGUGGCACCAGAAUUCUUUCAACUCAUUCACGGCAGCUGUGCUGGUUGGAUGUAGUGAAGCUCUGAGGUGGACGGAGGUGCCUCUUGGGGUGGCAAGGUGCCUAGUCAUGGAGUGCAUUUUAGGCUGACUUAUACUCGUUCGGACAUAUUGGAUAAGGUGGUGCUAUAGCGUGUACAUUAUUUUAGAGGAUUCCAUCUUGCCGCUAGAACGGAUUUUAGUUUAUUUUAAAAUUGUUGCAAUUCCGAGUCUUGUCAUGUGUACAGUUAAUUUAAACCUGCAGUCAUCAUGUUGAGACCUUUUCGUAGUGUCUGACACAUUAUCUUCAUGUUGUUAUCUUUUGUGUACCUGUGGUGCUUCGGUAGUGGUAGGAUAGCAGCUGAUAUUCUGUAGGGAUGCUCGGAAUUGUUUCUGGCAAAACAUUCCAGAACAAAGCAUAACUGCAAGCUAGCUUUCAGGUUUUGCGUAUCCAUCUGGUAGAGGAAACUUGUGAGAUUCAAACGCCCAGGACACUCUUUCAUGACAUGUUUCACUGGCAUCGAGAGAUUUUGCUUUGAUUCUGCCCAUCUUUUUUUUGGGGGGUUUUGGCAAUGUUUUAAGACAUGUUCCCAGGGUGAAUUUGAGGCUUGCCUGUUUUUCUCGCUUUCAUAGCUAAAGCUUGAAAUUUUGGAGCCAUUUUUACAUCUCCGGAGGCUGAAGUUUCAAUUCGAGAAGAAAUUGGCCUGGUUUCUGUUUACACACUAUUUGCCGGUGUCCAGAAAAUGUUUGCGUAAUGUGAAGAGUUAAGCACCAGGCGGCAUUUUCGUUAUGGUUUUCACAUCUGUUGUAUUUGUGCGCAAGGUGCGUAGCUUCUGUAUUUGCAUUCUAUGAGCUUUCUUGCAGUUGUGACAUGGGCCUCUUUUGAAAUUUUAAUGGCCUGUAUAUAGCUUAGUGGUGUAGUUAUGUAGUUUUGAACGUUUCUUUUUCUUCUGUGCAGAAUAGCACUAAUAACUUGUUUGCUCUCAUGUAGACUCUACCAUUAAAUAUUAUGACCGAGUUUUUUUUAAUGUUUUUGUGAAUAUUACUUUUCAUAGGUCUUGCCAUAAAUUGUUAAUUAUUAUGCAAUGUACAUGCAUUGUUCAAUUUAUUGAACAUUGUCCAAUAAAGCCAGUACAAACUGA